UUCCAAUAAAUACUCGCUUUUUGCCUUCCCACAUCGAAUGACCCUCCCUCUCCAUUUUUGUCUCCUCCUCCUCCUCCUCCUCCUCCUCCAUGGCUAAAUUCCUCCUCCUUUUCGUCCUCCUCUGCGCCGCCGUCCACUUCACGGUCGUCGUCGCCGCAUACGGCACCGCCGACGGAUCCGAGCAGUGGGGAUACGUCCAAGUCCGGCCAAAGGCGCACUUGUUUUGGUGGCUCUACCGGAGUCCACAGAGGACGGACGCCGGCCCGACGCCAUGGCCGACCGUGCUCUGGCUCCAGGGCGGACCUGGCGCCUCCGGCGUGGCCAUCGGGAACUUCGAAGAAGUCGGGCCGCUGGACGCCAAUCUCAAGCCUCGGAAAUCGACAUGGCUGCAAAAAGCUGACCUCCUUUUUGUGGACAACCCGGUGGGCACAGGGUUCAGCUACGUGCAGGACGAGAGCCUUUUUGUGAAGACCGACUUGGAGGCCGCCACGGACUUGACGACGCUUCUCAAGAAGCUCUACAACGGCAAUGCGACAUGGCAGAAGAGCCCGCUCUUCGUUGUGGCAGAGUCUUAUGGACGCAAGUUUGCUGUCACUGUUGGUUUAGCCAUUUUCAAAGCCAUCAAAGCAGGGGAACUGAAGCUUAAGUUUGGAGGUGUAGCUUUGGGAGAUAGCUGGAUUUCACCAGAAGAUUAUUUCUCUUGGGGGCCUCUCUUGAAGGACGUCUCAAGGCUCGAUGAAAAAUCUGCAGAUGAAUCGAACAACAUGGCUGAAAAAAUUAAGCAGCUGAUUGCAAAUGGGAAAUACAGUGAUGCAACAGAUGCAUGGAGUAGUCUUGAAGGCUAUAUCAUUUCUAAGAGCAAUGAUGUCGACUUUUACAAUUUCUUAUUGGACUCUGCAAGCGAUCCUGUUUCACUGGCUUCAACUAAAGAAGCAGCAAGGAAGUUGGUAAUGAAGACGUAUACAACAUACCUGAGCUCCAAGGCUUCGUCUUCAGAUGGUGACAUAUCAACCCUCAUGAACGGCCCAAUCAGGAACAAGCUCAAGAUAAUUCCCAGAAAUGUGAGCUGGGGAGAACAGUCUGGUCUCGUCUUUAGUUAUCUUUCUAAUGACUUCAUGAAGCCAAGAAUUAUUGAGGUUGAUGAGCUCCUUUCCCUGGGAGUCAAUGUCACUGUUUAUAAUGGGCAGGUUGAUCUAAUUUGUGCAACCAAGGGCACUGAAGCAUGGGUACAAAAGCUGAAAUGGGAUGGUUUAAAGAGUUUCAACAACAUAGAUCGAACGCCUUUAUAUUGUUCUUCUAGUGAGGAAGCAGAAGCCACCAAGGGCUUCCUGAAAUCUUAUAAGAAUUUGCACUUCUACUGGAUUCUUGGAGCAGGACAUUUUGUUCCAGUGGACCAACCUUGCAUUUCCCUAAAGAUGAUUGCUGACAUUACUAAUUCUCCAGCUGCUUCUUAGCAUUGAUCAUAAGUUUCCUGAUCAAAGUCGCUCUUUUUAUUUUUCAUGUCAAUUGUUUCGGUGAAAAGGGAAAAUAAGAAGAAUUGUUCAAAAUCAAACAAUGAUUUGUUUAUAGUGAUCAACGUGUUUCUAAAUCAUUGUGGGAGAACUACAAUAUUCCUGAUAUAUACUGUGUGUUCUUCACCAAC